AUGGUUCCCCCGCGACCCACUGCUAACAGGCCUCAUGUUUGUCUGACGGCAGUCCUGAUCCUAACCAGCCUGGCAUUAAUGGACGUCUACCUGGUGGAGCAGAAUCCAGGUCCUAGGAGGAUUGGCGUGUGCAUCGCAGUGCUGGCAGGUGAUGUGUGCUUCCUCGUUGUGCUUCGAUAUGUCGCCAUCUGGGCUGGGGCGGAGGUGCACACGGCCAGACGAGGCUACGCCAUGAUCCUCUGGUUCGUCUACAUCUUCAUCCUGGAGAUCAAGGUAUACUUUGUGUAUCAGAACUACAAGUCUCAGGAUGCGAAUGUAGAUGCAGAAGAGACAGAUACAGAUGUUUCCAGGAGAGCUCUCACUCUGCUGCUGUCUGUCUGUAUGCCCAUUGUGUUCAUAACACUGGCAGCCGUAGAUCAUAUGGAGUAUUUACGGGGAUGUAAGAAAAGAGAGGAGAUAAGGAGUCGUCUCUUCUGGGUGGUGCUGGACCUGCUGGAUAUUGUAGAUGUCCAGGCCAACCUGUGGGAGCUUCAGAGGGAAGGUCUGCCCCUGUGGGUGGAGGGACUGAUGUUCUUCUACUGCUACAUUCUCCUGCUGGUGCUGCCGUGCGUCUCCCUGAGCGAGAUCAGCAUGCAGGGGGUGAACAUCGUCCCCCACAAAAUGAUGCUCUAUCCCAUCCUCAGUCUUGCCACCAUCAACAUCAUCACCCUCUUAAUUCGUGGGGGAAACCUGCUGAUUUAUGGUGACAUCCGAGUGUCGAGCAUCAUGAUGGGAAAGAAUGUGAUGGCCAUCGUUGUGAGGAGCUGCAGUCUGGUGGAGUACAGAAAACAUCAGCUGGCUUCUCCUCCUGCAGAAAGAGGAGCUGAAAUGCAGAAGAACUCCCUGGGAGAUGUUCAGAUAUGCAACAGCCAGCACUUGGUGCUGCCCAGAGUCGUGAUCGAGGACCUCACCACCAUACCAGAGGAGGAGGGGAGUGACGACAUGUGA